AUGUGUGCCAAGCAUGUGAAGUUUGGGGUCCCUUCGCCCCCAAACAGUGGCAGCGAAAUGUCCAAUCACAAGGGUGCCUUUGCAGCCAUCCUGGAGAGCACGGCUGGUACCAAAAGGAGUCUUUCUGAUGAUCAAAAUUUAGUGUUUAGUAUGGGUAGCACUAGUUCUGAGAGCUUAGAGUAUAAGACUGCAAAUGAUAGAACUGUUUCUUGUAAAAGAGUCUGUACUGAGAGGGUUGAGGCUGUAGUUGGUGUAGAUGGGUCUAUUGUUCAUGUAACUGAGGAAAGGGAAGGAAGAGAGGAAGAGGCUGGGGAUAGGAGGAGGGAAUCAGUGCGUGAGGAAAAAGAGGAUGUGAAUGCAACAAAGGAAGCUACCGGCCUUGGGGCUGCCGGUGACCUGACGGGCGCAGAGGACGCCCGUCAGGAGCCAUGA